AUGGCGGCCGCAAAGAUGACCAAGAAUCAGAUGAGGAGGGCGAAGAAGAAAGAGCAGAAGAAGUCAAAGGCCGAGGAUCCAAAGGUUCGCACCGACUAUCUCCAUGACAUGGAUUUUGCUGACCCGUCACGACAGCAGCUUGAGCAGAGCACCGCGCCAGAACAGGAUUCGACUCCCGAUGAACCGAGCACCAAGUCUGAGUCUCUUAGUGUCAAGGACGGAGGAGUCACAAAAACCCAGGUACCAGCUGACGGUCUCGUGGACGACGAACUCGAUGACGACCCGGCUUUCGCUAUGUACAAAGACGUAUUCAGCAAAUUCGGCGCCGAUACCGAGGAAAAUGAAAUCGCAAGAGAGGCAAACGCUGGAAACCAAGGCAGUGUGUUUUUCAACGAUGAUGAUGAUAUUCCGGAUGAAGAUGGUGCGAAUGAAGGGCCGCCAAAACUGUCCAAGAAAAAGAGAAAGCAGCUCAACAAGCUAUCUGUUGCUGAGCUGAAAGCCCUUGUUAAUAUCCCGGAGGUUGUUGAAUGGCAGGACAUUUCUUCAUCUGACCCUCGCCUUUUGGUACAGAUUAAAGCACAGCGCAACGUGGUUCCCGUACCUGCCCACUGGUCUCUCAAGCGAGAAUACCUAUCUUCCAAACGUGGUAUUGAGAAGGCAGCGUUUCGAUUACCUAACUUUAUUGCCGAGACUGGCAUCACAGAGAUGCGCGAUGCCGUACUGGAGAAGCAGGCGGAGCAAUCUCUCAAACAGAAACAAAGAGAACGCGUCGCCCCGAAGAUGGGGAAAUUGGACAUCGAUUACCAAAAACUCUACGACGCCUUUUUCCGAUUUCAAACAAAACCAGAGUUGACUAGAUUUGGAGAGGUCUAUUAUGAGGGAAAAGAAAGUGAAGUGGAUUACCAACACUUCCGCCCAGGCGAACUGAGCGAGGCAACCAAGGAGGCUUUAGGUAUCCCUCCCGGCGCGCCACCUCCUUGGCUAAUCAACCAACAAAGAAUCGGUACUCCUCCAUCAUACCCGACUCUGAAAAUCCCUGGCCUCAAUGCCCCACCUCCUGCAGGUGGUUCUUGGGGAUUCCAUCCUGGAGGCUGGGGCAAGCCCCCUGUGGACGAGUAUAACCGACCACUUUAUGGUGGUGAUGUAUUCGGGUUGGCGACUCAGAAUGGCGUGCCGCAGCAGCAACAGCAACAGCAACAGCAGCAGCAGCAGCUCCAACAACAGGUACCCCAGCCGCCGUUGGGGGAGCCAGUUGAGCGUACUCUGUGGGGUGAGUUGCAGCCCCGCGAGGAAGAAUCUGAGGAGGAGGACGACGAUGAGGAUGAAGAUUCCGAGGAGGAGGAGGAGGACGACGAGCCUUCCGCCAGUGGCUUAGAGACUCCAAGUGGGUUGGAGACCCCGAGCGGCUACGCCAGCACUAUACAUCCCGAGUAUCCGAGCCAUGGAAUGGAAACAUCGAUUGCAGGAGAGCUGGAUCUGCGCAAAGAGCGACGAGGUUAUGAGACAGAAGAGUCCUCAGGCCCUCGUUCUGCCUAUACCGUACUUCCUGAGCGCCAAGUCCAGUCUGGUGGUUUCUUCGGUUCAGGCCAUGGUUACGACCUCUCGUCUGCAAAUAAGCCUGCGAUGCUCGGCGCUGAAGGAAAUGACGGGCGCAAGCGCAAGAAGCCUGGCGACAUUGAUGUUGCCCUUGAUCCUGAUUCACUGGGAGCAAUGAGUCGGGAGGAUAUGGCGCGCAGAUAUGAUGAAGGGCAGAAACAUGAGGGCCUUGGGGCAAAAUGGGCCCACGAAGAUGAUCUCAGCCAGAUGAUCGCAGAGGAGAGCCGCAAAAGGCAGAGAACAGAGAGCGAGCGCAAGGAGAAGCAGAGAGAGAGCAGGUACAGAUAG